CACACACACACACACACACACACACACACACACACACUCAGACAGUUCACUGAGAUGCUUACUGACUUCGAGCUGUAAACAGAGCGGUUUUCUCCUCACAGCAACAGGAGCUGGUACCUUCCUCCUCUUUCUCAUCUCUCCAUCUUUUUGCAUGCACUCUCUCUCGCAUCCUCCCUGUCUUUUUUUCUCCAUCCUGACGCCUGAUUGUUUCAGUGAUUUCAUUUUCAUUCCAGCGUCCUGCCUCUGUCCCUCUUAUUUUUGUAUUCCAUCUGUUUUCUCCACCUCCUCUCGCUCUCUUUUUUUCACACCCUCUUUUUUUUGCCACCUCUCUCUCUUUCUCUCUCAACACAGGAGCAUCCCUAUUCGUGCUAUGUCCCGCACUCACACUCUUCCCAUGCCUUAAGCAACUCUUCCUCUUUCUGUUUGAAUCGCUGUCAGUCUGUCCGUCACGCUGGGAUCUACGGAGGCAAACGGAGUGCCGGUGUCGGCCAUGAAGCUGGUGAACGGUGGAGGAGGAGGAGGAGGGCGAGGUGGAGGAGGUGGGGAGAAGACUGCCUUUUCCUUUAAGAAGUGCUCAGCGUUCCAGUUUGUCAAGAGAAAGGUGCGAAGGUGGAUGCGGAACCCGAAGGUGAGCGUAGAGAAGGCCCAAGGGAAAGGUCUCCUUCACUCCUGUCCAAAGUGUCCACUGGCCGAUGACCUGUGGUACACACACUUCCCCUCGCCGUACGGCUGCCGUCACUACGGCGGCCUGCAGGGCGGACAGUGUUACCACCAGGAGCCGAGCUCGCCACGCACUGCCAGUGGGACAACCGGCGGCCAUGACAAGAGCAAUGGCUGCAAGGUCAGAAAGUGGAAGAUGCUGGCUCGCCAUCACGGCGACGGUACCGGCAAGCAGAAGGAAGCCGAGUCAGACGUCCACCUGGGUGGUUGUCCAUCCUGGGGGGUCCACGCCUCGCCCCACCAGGUCAGCCCCGUCAUGCUGGAGUGCUCUGUCUGCAGUGGGCCCUACAUCAGCUACGCCCUGGAGGAUACCUGGCAGCCACGUCAACGCACACAGGCGAUGGACCUGUACUACCACAAUGAGUCAGACAGCUACUGUUGCCCUGGCGACAACACUUUUAUGAAACAGAGAAAGAUGGGUCUGAACGACUUCAUUCAGAGACUUGCCACAAACUCCUACGCCUGCAAACAUCCUGAAGUUCAGUCUAUUCUGAACUUGAGUCCUCCUCAGGAUGCUGAGCUCAUGGAUAUGAAUCCCUCUCCUCCUCCUAGUCCAUCCCAACAGAUCAACCUCGGUCCAUCCUCCAACCCUUCAGCCAAACCCAGUGACUUCCACUUCCUGAAGGUGAUCGGCAAGGGGAGCUUUGGCAAGGUCCUGCUGGCACGCCACCGUUCAGAUGACCAAUUUUACGCAGUCAAAGUCUUACAGAAAAAGGCCAUUCUCAAGAAGAAGGAGGAAAAACACAUAAUGUCAGAGAGGAAUGUGCUGCUGAAGAAUGUCAAGCACCCGUUCUUGGUCGGCCUGCACUACUCUUUCCAAACAACGGACAAACUCUACUUCAUCCUGGACUACAUCAACGGAGGAGAGUUGUUCUACCACCUACAGAGAGAGCGCUGCUUCCUCGAGCCCAGAGCCAGGUUCUACGCAGCGGAGAUCGCCAGCGCACUGGGCUACCUCCACUCCCUCAACAUCGUCUACAGAGACCUGAAGCCAGAGAACAUCCUGCUGGACUCACAGGGACACAUCAUUCUUACAGAUUUCGGCCUCUGCAAGGAGAACAUCGAACCCAAAGGGACCACGUCGACCUUCUGCGGUACGCCAGAGUAUUUGGCUCCUGAGGUUCUACACAAGCAGCCGUACGACAGGACGGUCGACUGGUGGUGCUUAGGAGCUGUUCUCUAUGAGAUGCUCUAUGGCCUGCCUCCGUUCUACAGCCGCAACACAUCGGAGAUGUACGACAACAUCCUGAACAAGCCGCUGCAGCUGAAACCCAACAUUUCUAACGCAGCCAGGCACCUGCUCGAGGGCCUGCUUCAGAAGGACCGAACCAAGAGGCUGGGCUGCACAGACGACUUUACUGAAAUUAAGAACCACGUAUUCUUCUCCCCCAUCAACUGGGAUGACCUCAAUGCCAAAAAGAUCACCCCUCCCUUCAACCCCAAUGUGACGGGACCUAAUGACCUGCGGCACUUUGAUCCAGAGUUCACAGACGAGCCGGUGCCCAGCUCCAUCGGCUGUUCCCCAGACAGCGCGCUUGUUACAGCCAGCAUCAAAGAGGCUGCCGAGGCCUUUGUGGGCUUCUCUUACGCCCCGUCUAUGGAUUCCUACCUAUAGGAUUUAAAAACAGGCCCUCAAUGGACACCAAUUCAGACUUACAGGACAUGGAAUGUGGCGUGUCCAUUCACUUGCAUCUUGACCCCACCUUACAUUUACCAUUGGGGUGAUAGAUACUUCUGAAGCAACCCCUGCAACAACUCUGAAUCUGCAAAGAAUUUGAAACAUCUCUGUACUUGCCAUCAUGUCUCCGACUCUCAAAAGAAGACUUGCUACAA